GCAAGUUCUGGCUCGGGCGGCAACGACUAGCAGUCGCCGCCUCCUGCAAGUGCUAGAGCCGGGCGGGCGGCGCGGAGGCUGCGGUGGCAGUGGCCGCGGAGCCGGCCCUGCGGGGCCCCGGGGGGGAGGGGGAGCCGCAAAGCCCCCGCCGAGGCCGCCACCGCCGGGCCUCCCCUCCCCCCCCGGGCCGGCGCCAUGCGGGGGGGCGCGAGCGAUGCGGAGCGGCGGCAGCGCUGGGGUCGCCUCUUCGAGGAGCUGGAUAGUAACAAGGAUGGCCGCGUGGACGUGCGCGAGUUGCGCCAGGGACUGGCUCGGCUGGGCGGGGGCGACCCGGACCGCGACACCCAACAGGGCAUCUCCCCCGAGGGUGACGCCGACCCAGGUGGUGGGCUGGACCUGGAGGAGUUUUCCCGCUACCUACAGGAGCGGGAACAGCGUCUGCUGCUUCUCUUCCACAGUCUGGACCGGAAUCAGGAUGGUCAUAUUGAUGUGUCUGAGAUCCAGCAGAGUUUCCGGGCCCUAGGCAUUUCCAUCUCGCUGGAGCAAGCCGAGAAAAUUCUGCACAGCAUGGACCGUGACGGCACGAUGACCAUCGACUGGCAGGAAUGGCGCGACCACUUCCUGUUGCAUUCGCUGGAGAAUGUAGAGGAUGUGGUCUAUUUCUGGAAGCAUUCUACGGUCUUGGACAUCGGUGAGUGCCUGACUGUCCCUGAUGAGUUUUCAGAGCAGGAGAAGCUGACUGGCAUGUGGUGGAAGCAGCUGGUGGCGGGUGCGGUGGCAGGGGCUGUGUCGCGGACGGGCACGGCCCCUCUGGAUCGCCUCAAGGUCUUCAUGCAGGUCCACGCCUCCAAGACCAACAAGUUAAACAUCCUGGGGGGCCUCAAAAGCAUGAUCCGAGAGGGGGGCAUGCGUUCCCUGUGGCGUGGCAAUGGGAUUAACGUGCUCAAGAUUGCACCUGAGUCAGCGAUCAAGUUUAUGGCCUAUGAGCAGAUCAAGCGGGCCAUUCGGGGGCAGCAGGAGACACUGCACGUGCAGGAGCGCUUUGUGGCUGGCUCCCUGGCUGGCGCCACGGCCCAAACCAUCAUUUACCCCAUGGAGGUGCUGAAGACACGGCUGACUUUGCGCCGGACGGGCCAGUACAAGGGGCUGCUGGACUGUGCGAGGCAGAUCCUGGAGCGGGAGGGGCCCCGCGCCCUGUACCGCGGCUACCUGCCCAACGUGCUCGGCAUCAUCCCCUACGCCGGCAUCGACCUGGCCGUCUAUGAGACGCUGAAGAACCGGUGGCUCCAGCAGUAUAGCCACGACUCGGCCGACCCAGGCAUCCUCGUGCUCCUGGCCUGUGGCACCAUCUCCAGCACCUGUGGCCAGAUAGCCAGCUACCCCCUGGCCCUGGUCCGGACCCGCAUGCAGGCCCAAGCCUCCAUCGAGGGUGCCCCCCAGCUCUCCAUGCUGGGUCUGCUCCGUCACAUCCUGUCCCAGGAGGGCGUGUGGGGCCUCUACCGGGGCAUUGCCCCCAACUUCAUGAAGGUUAUACCGGCUGUGAGCAUCUCCUAUGUGGUCUACGAGAACAUGAAGCAGGCCCUGGGGGUCACGUCCAGCCCUGGAUCUCCAAGCUCGGCCACUGGAUUCUGGAUAUCAAGAAGCCUCAGCCUCCGGAUCCUGACAAUGCAAUGCCUAGAUCCCGGGGCCCCCGCCACUGGAUCCCAGAUCCCCUCACCCCAACUACUGGAUUCCUGAAUUCCUUUACCUUGACACUGAGUCCCGGAUCCCUCUGCUUGACUACUGGAUUCCCUACAUUUCAACCACUACACCCUCAACCCACAACCACUGGAUCUCGGAUUCCCAAGCCCUGACCGGCUGGAUCCUGGCUCCUAAGUCCACAAUGUGAGCCCAACGGCUGAGCGAGUGGGUCCUGGUGACUGCGGCUGUUGGACCCCCAAACCCCUUCACCACAGGCACUGGAUGCUGAAACCUCACCCAUAGGAGGUAGACCCCCCCCCCCACCCUUCCAAGCACUGGAUCCCAGCCCCUUAACCCCUGGAUUCUGACCGGAAUCCUCCCUGGCACUGGAUCCUGAAUGCUCAGACUCCAAGUCUGGAUAGAUCCCAAUAAGCCAAUGACAGCUUCCUGGAUCCCCCGUGCCCCUGUCCCAGACACACCCCAGAGCCCAGGGUCCCAUGCCACAAAGCCCAGAGUCUAAGGGGCCUGUUGGAAGCCUAGGUCCUGGCCUCCUUCUUCCAGAAGACCCAUGGGACUUGUCCAAAGACCUGACAUGACCAGAAGCCAGCAGCCGGGGAAGGAGAUGCCCCCUCCCACACCCUAGGCAGAGGCUGGACAUGCCUGCCACCCAGGCAGCACGGCUGUACCUCUGGUCCCUGUGGCAAAACUGCCCCCCACCCCCGACAAUGCACGGCGGUGUCUUCCAUUCCCUUCUCACCUUUAGGCUGACGAUGACCUCCCAUCGCUCUCUCUUGGGGGCAAUCUGAGGCCGGGGACACAUUAUGGGGACUCCCCCAAACACAUCCCAGCACUGCCAGCCUCUACCUGGGCUUCAGGGUUGGGAGCCGGGAGCAAGUCUACACAGACUAGCCUUCCAGGGAGCCAAGCAUCCAGUUAUGCAAAACAAACAAGCCAAAUCCCCCAAACUCACUCCAGGUCUAUUUUUCUACCAGAGAGGAGCAGACAUUCCUCCCCUUCAGAUAACUCAAGCCCCCCGCCCCGCCCCCCCCAGGAACCUGUACAUUCUGCACUUUAUAGUUGGAUUCUGAGCGUAGCGUAAUUGGGGGACCCCUCCCAUGCCUCCUCCCGAGUCCUUGGGGAACCCGAGGAAAGGACUACAAAAGAUCAACUGGGUUGUUUGGGGGGGGCUGGAGGACCCCCCUUAUGGCUUCCACCCCCCCCCCACCUACACCGUGUCCCACCUCCCUGCCUGCUUGUGUUAUUUCAAAGGAA